CUGACCAUUGCAAUGAGUAUUGGCUGACGGUGGAAGUCAUACUUCUAGCUUGCCAGGUGCGGGUAUUAGUAUAGUAAGCAGUCACGAAUGGGCAGGGUGCUACCAAGGCAUUUGGAGGGAUAUGACUUGAUCAUGUCGGGCUACCGCCGUGCUGUGCUUCCUCCAUAUCACGCGCCACCUACCCUCCCUCCUCCUCCUCCUCCCGUUCCUCUCCUCUUCCAUAUCCUCCUUCUUCUCGAUACAAUCAUAAAGAGCUUCUACGUUGUGCUCAGUCCUGAUGUGCAUUCGACGGUUAUCCAAGUGCUGCCAAGUGCCCCAGCCUGGGCGCCAUUGCUUUCAUGCGGUACUCUCUAUCCGACAUCAGCAGCCAUUCCAGAGCUGUUAUCUCUGCGAGAUGUGAUGCUGUCCCAAUACCAGCCUCACUCUUGCUGCAUCGUAGAGUAUUCAUUCGUCCACUGUCGCCCGAUAAAGCAGGUUAUCGCGUGACGCGCGCCGAUCCUUCCGACCUUCAAGCUCAAGCGUUUUCUGUAGCUUCACUUCACAGCAGAUAUUUGCUUCCAAACGCCCAGCUCUCUUCACAUCCACCCCUGCUUACCAUCCGAUGCUGCUCCUGAUUCAAUCAUACCAAUCAACCUCACAUACCGGUCUACGGUAGCCAAAGAGCCACAG